AUGGAAUGGGGUUCUGUAUCCUUUCCUGGCUUUCCAUCACUUCGCAACAAAGAUGGUGGAACCCUAGUAAAUGAUGAAGUCAAGAUUCUUGCAGAGGUUGAUGUUCUUGAAUCUAUUGACAAGUUAUAUAUACCAAAGAAACUCGAGAAGACAACCAUACCUCAGAGUAAGAUAGAUGAAAAGUAUGCCGCAGUAGAAACCGUGCGGAGUAUCUUUGAGAGACAUCCAAACAUUGCUGUAGGGUUCCAUUCAAAGAACCAACAUCUGAGGAAAGCAUGCAUGAACUCUCUUCUAUGCUUAAUUGAGACCAUGUGCCAAUCACUUCAGGAGCUCUCCAGUGAGGAUCUUGUGCAAGCAGACGUUGCACUGACGUAUCUGAAAGAUUCAGGAUUUAAGUUGGAUUGGUUGGAGAUGAAGCUGGACCAAGUUAAAGUGAAUAAGGAGAAAGAGAUGACUUGUUUGGCCAUCCUACAAGAAACAGAGGAAAAUUUACUAAACUUGAAGCAAAAGUGUUCAGAGGUGAAGGCAGAGUUGGCGGAGACCAAAACUCCUCUGUCAUUCGAUGAUGUUGUUUGA